AUGGCGGCGGGGCGGGGCGCGGCGGGCCGAGGCGGGGCGCGCGCCGCCAUGUUUGUAUUCAAAAAUAACUCGUCCACUAUUAAAGUCUCCCUGAAGCGCAACAACAAAGCGCUGGCGCUGGCCCUCAACGCGGAGAAGGCCAACGCGCAGCGGCUCACCCAGGAGAGAGCGGUCCUGCAGAAGGAGGUGGAGCAGUGCCACUUCCACAACGCUGCUCUGCGCCACAAGCUCUGCUUCCUGAAUAGCACUCUGAAAGAAAUGGAAAAACUCAUGGCAGUGAUUAAGACAGCCCGGCUCUCUGAGUUCUAUACAAGUUUUGCCUCUGUGUCCAAUGACCAGAACAACAACAAAACAGAAGAUAGCUGGGCUGAUGAUACCACAGAUGGUCAGCUUGUGAGGCCUGCAGUGGUGCUCUUGAAAGCACCCGUUUCCAAGCAAUGUGAUGAGGGAAGGAAAAAUGGUAGCUCUUCAGCAGUACAAACAUCCGCAGUUGAUCUCCAGCCACCAGUUCCCAAUAAGACCCAGGAGUUUGUGCCUGUUGUCUCCAGAGAUACCUUACCACAAGAGCUGGGUGAAAAUGUGAAGAAGCCCCAUGAAGCAAUAGAAACAAGAGAGGCUUCUGUUGAAUGUCAUGUCCUUGGAGAGUGUUCGCUUGCCACCCAACAAGAUCCCAGCAGUUUGCCAGUGCUUACGUGGGAAAGUCAUCCUCUUUCACAUGAGGAUGACGAGAUGGUGAAAGAUUUCUGUGAUCGUCUCUCACAAGGGCACAUUACUCAGCGGAGGAAGCGUUCUACCCUAUUUGCAACAAGCACUCCGUUUUCAGCCGAGGAUUUCUUCUCACGCAUUGGAUCAACUCAAGUGUCCCAGUGGAGUAUUAGAAAGGACAGUAGCAACUCCAACAAAAAUAAUACGCAGCAACAGCUGAAAUCACCCAGCUCCCUGGCUUCACCUGCUCAAACUGCUGUUGAUUCUGACAUAAAAGCUGUGGGUGAAGAAGUGCUGAAUGAUCAGCCACAGACCAAAGAAACUGUGUGUGAUACUGAAAUAGAUCCCAAGUGUAGCCAAGUUCCUGAACUUGUUCCUGUAAAAGUUAGAAGCAAAGGUAAUGGCAAAACCACGGCUGCUAAAACAGAUGUUAAAAAGGCUAGCACAAGAAAAAGGAAAAGCAACUCAAUUAAAAACAAUGCAAAAGAUGUCCCUGAUGCACCUAAGGAUGAAGACAGCACCCAAAAUGCACAUAAACUUCAGCCGAAAGCAAUGGCAAAUUCUACUGGGUCUGAAGUUCCUGAGAUGAGGCAGGUUGUUUGUGGGGAGGCUUUGGAAGGGAAGAACAGAGGUUAUGGUGCAUGCCUACAUUCUAACUUUCCUGAUAAAGUCCGAGGUCCCAGAAGAACCUAUGUUGUGAAUCCAGCACAGUUGCAUAAUCUCCAAAGUGGAGACUUACUGCAACAGGGUGAAAAGGAAGCUGUCUUGGAGAUGCAAAGUGUGGACAGCUUGUUGAAAAGCCCAGUUCAUACCUUCUCCACUCAUAAAUCUCCCUCAGAUGAUCACAGUCUACAAUGCUCACUUUCCUUAAAGAAAGAGACUUCAGGUAUAUGUACUUUGCAGCAGGACUCAUCAAGUGUGAGCACAAAGGGCACGAGACGGAAAACCAGCAGGAAAACUAGAGUCAUUUCGCAAAGAAGUGACUCUGAUGAGGAGUAUGUGCCAAAGAGUGUGAAAAUGUCUGAGGCUAAAGCUGAGGAACAGCCCAAAAGCAGCAAGACAAGCAGGAGGAAGACUGUCAGGGAAAGCAAUGGUAACGAUCAGAGAAAUGAAAUGGAGGUUUCUGCACCACGUAUAGGUGUUCAAGGAGUAGCUAAGGAGAGUGCAAAAGAUUUGCCAGAUUAUCCUCAAUGUAGCAGAAAAACUUACGUUAUACGUCCUUUGGAUCUUCCAAGAAACUUGGAUUGUAUCGAGACAGAUUUUGAACGGGAAGAAGUUGCACCUUCUGAGUGCAUUCCUGGGAGCAAAGCUAGCAAAAUUCCCAGAAGUAAAAAGCUGGUGACAGCUCAGAACAAAAAGAAACGGACGGGGGAUCUUCAAGAAAAGGGACAGAGUCACAACAACAUGAAUGCCCUAAAAAAAGAUCUCUGUCUCAUACCAAAGCUGCAGAGCACCUGUAAUCCUACAGAGACUGAUCUCCUGGCCAGACAGAGUGAUGGAGCCAGACUGCUUCCUGGAAGUUCAGCAGAACCUGUGUACAGGCAAGCUGUCCUGCCAGAGAAGUUCUCCUACAUCAAAGAUGUUCUCUCCAAGCCAGAGGCCUUCCAUGAGGAGCAAAUAGCUGAGAUCUCACUUACAAAUAAUCUUAUGAACCUUUCGGACAGUCUUGAAUCCUCCACUGUAAGGUGUUCUGUAGGUUUGCUGCUUGGCUCCAGUCUUACAGAUCUACCUGUCUCCAGGACCUUAGGUACUGAGGACUGCAAAAUCCCAAAGAAAUCUUCUGCUUGUCCAGAGAAUGUUCUGACAUUUAAAGAAAGGAGUGCGGAGGAAAUACUGGAAGGAAGAAACCAGGCUGAGUUAUGUUCUAAAGAACAUUUCCAGAGUCCAUCUUUGAAGAAACCUGGCAUGGAUACUGGGAAAAAGGCAGAGAUCAUGUGCUGA